GGGUCCCGGGGAGGCACGGGCCAGGGCAGGACACGAGCUAACCUAACCCAACGUCUCACCGCAUUCAUCGACACGGCAGUAGUAACGGCAUGAUACAUACUAUAGCCACAUCUCUCGUCAUCUUUUACUUCAACUUCAACUGACCUUUUCCUUUUGGUUGUAAGCAUAAUAUAUAUACAUAGAGUAAGCUGCUGUUAUUGAUCUGUUUUACUGAUUAAGAUCAGUGAGCAAGCUGCGGCCUUCUUUUGCUUGGAGACAUCUCCACUUGUUUUUGCUGGUUGGAGUUCUCUUUGUUUGCUUCUUCUACCUAGCUACUAGUUGAUAGUUCUGCAGCUUCGAUUUGUUUCAGAAACUCUGUUGAUCUAUCUGUGCUAUAUUACUCAGAUCUCAGCUCACCCACGUCGCACGGAACAAAAACACUUUUUUUUAAAGAUCUUUAGAUCUCUGACUUUGUAGUGCUUUCGAAUCCUUGAUCUUUGAUCUUGAUCUCGAUGGCUUGCAAGCCGUACUACAGCACCAACAGCUGCACAGGCCGCCAAGCUACUACGAACGCGCCGUCAUUUCCACGACCGCCGGCGCCACCCCAGCCUGGGCUCCUGCCGCUGCCAGCUCAGCCCUCGCCGCUGUACUCCUUCGAGCCAGCGAGCCGCCGGCCGGCUCCGCGUGCCAACAAGAAGCCACGCGGCUACGACGCCGCGCCAGCUGGGGCCUCGGCGCCGAUCGCCGUCGCCGAACCGUCCAAGAAGAGGGUGGCGCCGGCGCCGGCGACUGGGCUGGAGGAGGAGGAGUUACUGGAGUGGACGGAGACGGCGGCGGACUCGCUGUACUCCGUGUCCCCACCGCCGAGCAGCGUGCCGAUGCCUACGUCCCUGUUGCUCACUGUCGCGGCGGCCAGGAAGGCGCCCACGGCCUGCGCCGUGGAAGUGGCGACCGGCGCCGGCAGCGGCGGCGUGGAUGUCGGCGCCACCGACGAGCUCCGACGGAUCCUCAGGCUUUAGCUUCCGACGCUGCGGCGACGGCAACAAAGGAUGUGACCUGUUGUCCGUUCUCUUUUACUCGUAUGUACUCCUGGCGCACGCAAUAGCUUCGUUCAUGGGUGGUUUUAACAUGCCUGAUUAUGACGAAGCAUGCUGAUGUCAAUGUCAUCCCCAAGUUGUAUUUCAGUAAUCGAAUGUGUUCCAAUGUAUUGUGUUACGAGCCAAGCAUUCCAGUA